CAAGAACCAAUAAACUUGGCGCCCACUUGAUGUGUUAUCAUCGUCCUCCACUUCGCCCCCCAAAAACCCUUCAACCCUGCCCCCUUUUCCGCCAUUAAACCUCCUGAAACAAACCUCAACCCAACCCAACCCAACCCCCAUAAUCGCUACUCAUACUCCCACUAAACUACCUUCUUGAGUCUUCUUUAAUCGACGCAGUCCGUACCAUUAUGAACUCCACUCACUUUAUCCACUUCAAAUCCACAACACCCACUUCAUUUAAUCACUCCAAUCACAAAUCCAACUUAUACCCAUCUAACUAUUUCAUUUCUUUUGGUCACCCCUCAAAUUUGUUCCCCAAAUUGCCUUCUUUAUCUUUUAAAAGUUGUGAUUUUUCGGUUUCUACACGUGCCAGCAUCCCUAGACCAGUCUCUGAAGUAUAUUUGGAGAAGCCUGACGAGAAAAUAGGCGAUAAGGCUGAUGAUAAAAUAGAUGAUACGGCUCAGUUAAAGCUGCUUAGACUGAAAUUGAAGGAAAUUGGAAUAGACUGUGGAUCUUGCCGGCCCGGCCAGACAUAUGGCUUGCACUGCCCCAUGUGCAAUGGUGGCAGCACCGGGGAGAAGAAACUUGCUCUCUUCAUUUCCGAUGAUGGUAAUGCAGCUACGUGGAAUUGUUUUCGAGCUAAGUGUGGGUGGAAAGGCAAGACACAGGGUUCGGCAGGUGUUAAGUCAACUUACAACAGUAUGAAUAAACUCACCAAAGUGAAAAAAAUUAAGGAAAUCACAGAGCGUGAAUUGAAGUUAGAACCUUUGUGCCACGAUUUAUUUGAAUAUUUUGCUGAACGAAUGAUAUCUAAAGAGACGUUACUGAGAAACUCUGUCAUGCAAAGAAGAUAUGAAAAUAAGAUUGCUAUUGCGUUUACUUACAGAAGAAAGGGGGAACUUAUUAAUUGCAAGUACCGCGAUCUCGCAAAGCACUUUUGGCAGGAAAGUGACACUGAGAAAAUAUUAUACGGACUCGAUGAUAUAGAUGGAGCACGUGAUGUCAUCAUUGUUGAGGGUGAAAUGGACAAACUUGCAAUGGAAGAAGCGGGUUUCAGGAAUUGUGUGAGCGUCCCUGAUGGUGCUCCUAAAAAAGUUUCCUCUAAAGAUUUACCAUCUCAAGAAGAGGACAUAAAAUACCAAUAUUUAUGGAACUGCAAGGAGUAUUUGGAAAAGGCGUCUCGCAUAAUACUUGCCACCGAUGGGGACGGACCUGGUCAAGCCUUAGCGGAAGAGCUAGCACGCCGCCUCGGAAGAGAAAGGUGCUGGCGAGUCACGUGGCCACGUAAAAAUGACAACGAGCAUUUUAAAGAUGCUAAUGAGGUUCUCAUGUUCAUGGGCCCCGCUGUAUUGCGGGGCGUUAUUGAGUCUGCUGAAUUGUACCCUAUCAAAGGUUUAUUUAGCUUCAAAAAUUACCUCAGUGAAAUUGAUGCGUACUAUCAUCAAACCCUUGGUACUGAGAUUGGAGUUUCAACCGGGUGGAGGGCUAUGGAUGAUUUGUAUAAUGUUGUGCCAGGAGAGUUGACUGUAGUCACCGGAGUCCCGAAUUCAGGAAAGAGCGAGUGGAUUGAUGCAUUGUUAUGUAAUCUUAAUCAAAGUAAUGGUUGGAAAUUUGCACUCUGCUCUAUGGAGAACAAGGUUAGAGAGCAUGCCAGAAAACUCCUUGAAAAGCGCAUGAAAAAGCCAUUUUUUAAUGUGAGGUAUGGACAAUCUGUCGAAAGAAUGAGCGAGGAGGAAUUGGAGGUAGGAAAGAAAUGGUUAAGUGAUACAUUUCAUCUCAUACGGUGUGAAAAUGAUUGCUUACCGAGUAUCAAUUGGGUGCUCACACUUGCCAAAGCUGCAGUUCUUAGACAUGGUGUGAACGGGCUCGUGAUUGAUCCGUACAAUGAGCUCGAUCACCAGCGACCACCCAACCAGACUGAGACAGAGUAUGUGAGUCAGAUGUUGACUAGCAUCAAGAGAUUUGCCCAACACCAUUCAUGCCAUGUUUGGUUUGUGGCGCACCCCAAACAGCUGCAACAAUGGACGGGGAAACCUCCUAAUCUAUAUGACAUUAGUGGAAGUGCACACUUCAUAAACAAAUGUGAUAAUGGAAUUGUUAUUCAUCGGAAUCGGGAUCCAGAGGCAGGUGCACUGGACCUAGUGCAGAUUUGCGUGCGAAAGGUACGGAAUAAAGUCUCGGGAACAAUAGGUGAUGCAUUCUUGCAAUAUAAUAGAGUAACUGGUGAAUAUAUGGACAUCAAUUAGCCAAAGGACAGACAAGAGGGGAAUCCAUUUUUUUAAACUUAUUUCAACUUUGUAAGUAUGGUAAAGUUGAAGAAAUUUCAUUCAUACAUAAAUUUUGAUUGUAAAUCUUUAUGCAAAUACAUCAUUAUUACCUAAUGUAAGGACUAUGAGACAACUUUAAAUUAAGAAUCACCAA